AUGGCGGCGGCCGAUCCGCCCGGUCUCAUGGACAUCGCCAGCACCUUGGCUCAGGAGGAUAUACCCUUCAAGCUGCGCUGUGCGAUGUGCAAUAACCUAGCAGUGAAUGCCUUCCGACUUCCUUGCUGCGACCAAUCCAUUUGCGAGACAUGCCAAGCUUCCCUGUCCGAGACAUGUCCCGUCUGCACACAUACACCCGUCUCCCCAGACCUCUGCAAACCCAACAAAGCUCUCCGGACUACUCUCAAGGCCUUCCUCCGCACCGAGGAGAAGAAGCGGGAGAAGGACCGCCAGUCCGCAGCACCUUCAGCGACACCAGCGCCAUCGGAUACCACGCCCGCUGAUACAAAGGCGCCUGUGCCGGAUACUGCGCGCGAUCAGAAUGGGCCCGCAGCAGAGUCAACUCAGGAGACCGAGGCACCUCUCGCUGCGAAGCCAGGGCCUGAAGGGGUGGGACAAGAUAUAUCGGCUGGGGAUACGGCUGCAGAAAGCGACCAAGUGGGAGCCGUGCCAGACUCAGUUGAUCAGCCUGCUCUGAAUGACACCGGAGCUGAUCCACUCCAGGGCACAGGCCCGGCCCUCGAGCCCGCGCCCGAAGACGCCGUGGCAAACGACUCUACGGUUAGCGCUGGACCUGCUCCAUUCGCUCAGGAGUUUCCUGAUCAAUUCGGAAACAAUCCUAUGGCCCCGAAUAUGGCCGGCAACAUGCCCGUGAUGGGCUGGAACGGAAAUGGCAUGAAUCCUUACAUGGCCGGCAUGUUCAAUUACCCGAAUACAAUGGGCAUGCCUAUGGGAAUGGGCCCGAUGGCAAAUCAGGGUAUGAUCGGUGACUACGGGAUGAACAUGGCUGGUAUGGGCAUGAACAAUGGGAUGAACUACGACGGGAGCAUGUAUGGAUCCUUAGGAUGGGAUGCUUCCCAGCAAAACAACGUUAUGUGGCAAGGCGGCCAGAAUAAAUUCAAUCCAAAUGCUUUUGCAAAUGGCGGUCCUCCUUAUGGAGGAGCAGUUGGGUCUAAUAUGUCUGCUUACCCUUCUCACUCCGGCUAUCAGUCAGGUUACCACGGAGGGUACGGUCGAGGUGGAUAUCGGGGCCGAGGCCGUGGCCAGUUUUACGGCUCCGGUCGAGGCGGCUAUGGGCCUAUGCAAGGUCAUUACCGCCAGGGAGCUAAUCCGGCGUAUGCCCACCAACCCCCAGCCGGUGUGGCUGGCGCUCCUGACGGUACUGCAGUUGAUGCUCAAGGUAAUGUUCCACCAAAUGAGACUGCCCCAGACACAGGUGAAGGCGGUGCCGUCGUGUCGGGUAAUCCAGAGGACAUUUCAAAAGGCGAUACAGAGCAACCGCAGGGAAUUCCCACCAUUGAGAGUCUUGAUAGCAACGUACCGCCUGAACCUGGAUAUAACCCCAUGAGUAAUGGGUAUGGACAAUCCCGAUUCGGCGGAUUUGAACAACGGGGGCCUGGCGUGGAAGGCGCGCCAGCUGCCCCGCGUGCCAUGCGGCAGGGACUACCAAACACCAGUGUCCUGCGCCAGCGCAACUUCCAGAUCCACGGCCGGGCCAGUAGUGCUGGUGAGCCCACUGAGCAAGCUCACGCAAGAGCCACAUCCGCCGCCUUGUCCAGUCGUGCGCAACCUCCAUCUCGAUCUCCAUCCCAGAAUGGAGCUCCUCAAGCCCGCUCACCAUCUGUUCAUGGCCCUGAAGAUGACCGUGACAGUCGGCGCGAAACAGACAUCAAGCGCAAGGACCGGGUUGAUGAACUACAGUCUGACGCCCGCACUCGAUCUCCAUCCCGCGCAUCCUCUCGUCGGUCGUCACGGCGUAGACAUCACGAAAGUGAUCGAGAGCGAGACCAAAGGAGCGGUCACCGCUCCCAGCGUUCCCGUCGCCAUCGCAGUCGUAGCCGCAGUACAACUCGGAACGAAGAAAUCCGUCCCAAAGAUCGAUCGAACGGUAGGACCAAAGCGUCUUCCGAAGCCCCCGAGGCGCGCGACCUAGCAAGCCGAAUCAGCAGCCGCUACCGCUCGAAGGAGCGAGCUAGCCGGCGCGAAGACGACAAAUCACGAGACCAUGACCACGACAGCCGACGCCGAGAUCGUGACCGUGAUCGAGACCGCCGUGACAGAAACCGCGAAUCCGACCGUGACCGUCGCCGUGACGGCGAACGCGACAAAGACCGCGGUUCAGAGCGCGAUCGGGACCGUCUCAGGGAGCAUGGACGUGACCGGGGCGGUGACCGCAAGCGCUCGCGCCGCGAUCGGUCCCCGUCUGCUAACGGCAGCGAGCAUCCCCAAGCCCGUCGUGCGAAACACGGCGAUGAGGACCGUAGCCGUGACACGAACGGCGUCAGGAGCACCGAGGCGGAGAAAGACCCUUACACCCUUGAGCGUGAAGCGCGCAAUAAGGAGCGUCUUGAGCGCGAAAAACAACACCGUGAGAAGACGAAGUCUGGUCGGCGUCGCGAUAGUCGACAGGACCGUGGUGUGGGCGGCCGUCGCAUCAACUACAAGUACGAAGAUGAACUUUGA